AUGUUCUUAUGUAAUUGUUGUUGCAUAUCUUGUGUCACAGGUCUGUACGAUGUUCCCAGAGAAGAGACCAUUCCCCAGACUCAGCAGGGGUCCUGCCAAGCCCAGACCCUUGUGGUCACCUCCAGAGACGUUGUGGUCUCAACUAGCCUGGUGUACUCUCAGGUGGUGGUACCGACCACUGUGGUCCAGAGGGUCACCUCCACCAGGGUGCAACACCAGACCUCUUAUGUGACGGUCCGAGGACCUGUUCAGGUGGUGACCUCGCGUGUGACAGAAGUGCAGUACAUUACUGUGACCAGGACCAACCCAAUACUUCAGACUGUCACCAGUAUAGCUACGCAGUACCAGCCUAGGUAUAUUACCAGUACACAGAUCCAGUAUGUGCCCAACACCGCCUGCCCCGCUGCUGCUGCUGCCCAGAGUUCAGGGUACUCAUACCCUGAACCAGAUGCGCCUAGUUCAGGAUACUCAUACCCAAAACCAAAGGACAAUGGAACACCAGCAGGUAGUAUCCUGCCCACCACCUCCUAUAACAGAGGAGUUGCCAGACCAGCAACGAGCGAUACUGGGCUAGUGAGACCAGCACCGGACUCCAGCGGGCUAGUGAGAGCAGCACCGGACUCCAGCGGGCUAGUGAGACCAGCACCGGACUCCAGUGGGCUAGUAAGACCAGCACCGGACUUUAGAGGGCUAGUGAGACCAGCAACGGACUCCAGCGGGCUAGUGAGACCAGCACCGGACUCCAGCGGGCUAGUGAGACCAGCACCGGACUCCAGUGGGCUAGUAAGACCAGCACCGGACUUUAGCGGGCUAGUGAGACCAGCACCGGACUCCAGCGGGCUAGUAAGACCAGCACCUGACUUUAGCGGGCUAGUGAGACCAGCAUCUGACACCAGCGGGCUAGUGAGACCAGCACCAGACUACCAUUCCAACUCAUUCGGCUACCACGGACCUUUCUUCGGCCCCUUCUACGCUAGACCAGCAGUAUAUCCCCAACAGAGCAGGUUGAAGAGCAUUUUAAGCAAGUUGGGCUUAUAAGGCUCCAGAUUAAUGCUACUGAGACCUUUGUAAUGAAGGUACUUUGCAGUACCGCUCACAGGAUGACCUGUGAGUCCUCAGUAAACUAGCCACUCCGGACACAACCUGACUGAACACAUAUCUUAAUAUAAGACAGGAUAAUUUCAUUAAUUGUAUACUGAGUACGAGGGAUCGAAACGGUGUCUGGUUCGUGUGCAAGCUUACACACCUGUCAUACAACUGUCACACACCUGUCAUACAACUGUCACACAUCUGUCACACACCUGUCAUACAACUGUCACACACCUGUCAUACAACUGUCACACAUCUGUCACACACCUGUCAUACAACUGUCACACACACCUGUCAUACAACUGUCACACAUCUGUCACACACCUGUCAUACACCUGUCACGCACCUGUCAUACAACUGUCACACACCUGUCAUACAACUGUCACACACCUGUCAUACACCUGCCACAUCUGUCAUACACCUGUCAUACAACUGUCACACACCUGUCAUACACCUGUCACACACCUGUCAUACACCUAUCACACACCUGUCACCUGCCACACACCUGUCAUACACCUGUCGUACACCUGUCACACCUUUCACACACCUGUCAUAUACUUGUCACACACCUGUCAUAUACCUGUCACACACCUGUCAUACACCUGUCAUACACAAGCUGGCACUGGACAAGCACCUAAAGUCAGUUCCUGAUCAGCCGGGCUGUGGCUCGUACGUUGGUUUGCGUGCAGCCAGCAGCAACAGCCUGGUGAUCAGGCUCUGAUCCACCAGGAGACCUGGUCACAGACCGGGCCGCGGGGGCGUUGACCCCCGGAACUCUCUCCAGGUAAACUCCAGGUAAACACCUGUCACAACUGUCACAUACCUGUCACACACCUGUCAUACACCUGUCACACACCUGUCAUACACCUGUCACACACCUGUCAUACACCUGUCACACACCUGUCAUAUACCUGUCAUAUACCUGUCAUACACCUGUCACACACCUGUGACUGGUGCUCUGGGUUAUUCUACCCCUGGUAACUUGAUCAACCAGGCUGUUGAUGAUUGGCUCCAGUAGACCUACAUACCGUGUGUGGAUAUUAGUAAACAUAGUCUAAUAAACCCAAGAUUCACAGGUUUAUAAACCCAAUAUUUACAGGUUUAUAAACCCAAGAUUGACAGGUUUAUAAACCCAAGAUUCACAGGUUUAUAAACCCAAGAGUUACAGGUUUAUAAACCCAAGAUUGACAGGUAUAUAAGCCCAA